AUGUUUAUGUAAUGUUAUUUGACAUAUAUACAUGUCACCCUGAAUGGGUGGAAAUCGUAGCUUUGGAUAAAAAUGAACCACGGACAAAAAGUGAGAGUUUUGUACAAAACCAUUCUUCGCUUACACCGAGGAUUACCGGAGGCACUGCAGGAACUCGGCAAUACCUACGUGAAAGACGAAUUCAAACGCCAUAAAAAUUGUUCUCCAACUGAAAGCCAAAAAUUUAUGAGCGAAUGGGCGGGAUAUGCAAUUAAUCUGGCACAGCAAUUAGGCUUGCGUGGUAAGCCUGGACCGGUUGGAAUGCUAGGAGAAGAUUUGACAGAAAAUCAACUAAACCACUUCCGCGAUGAACAGCUUGCACAGCUGUAUGAACUUUUGCAAGAAUCUAAGCGAUGAUCGAUGACGAUAGAACAAUAGCCAACAAAACUUACUAGCUAACUGAAAUAGACUAUCUCUUCUUGGCUUAACGACCUCUAAGGUCUAGCCAGCCAUUUCUGGAUUAAAAGACUUAUUUUGGCCACGUAGUCGGAUAGUCACUCCUUACUACGGGAGACGAACUGGAUGGGAUUUGAUACUCGGUCCUGGAACCGGCGCCGUGUAUCACAUACACUAUCGGGCCUUCUAGAUAAAUAGACUAAAAAGAGUAAAUAGCAAGAUAUAAAAUCACUGUAAGUUGUUCAACAAAGUGUUGGAAUUCCAUCAUACUCUACUUACACAUUCAAAUAGCAAUGAAGGCGAAUUUUAAAUUAAAAAGUUAUUAUUAAAAAUGAUAAUUGAAAAAAAAUUAUAGCUCAAAUCAUAUAAAUAAACAAUGGUAGUUCCUUCCGAAUAA